ACCCUGGCAGCAGGAAGGUUUUUCGGUCGAAAAAUAAAGAACAAUAAAGUAAAACGUUUGUGGCCCGCAGCAACAAAAAAGGGAUCGCCAACGAAGAGAGUGAGUGCCGUGUUAACCGGUGACCUCUCGCCCGUGCCCCGUGACCUGUAGACCCGCGAAAGUGCUUGAUUCGUGGUAAUUUGUUGGAGCAGAAUUUGGAGCAGGCAGCGUGUAAAAAGUUGCGGAAUUAUCGUGGCACCGCGCGGAGAAAGAGAGAGAGAGAGCGCGAUAGAAGAGAGAGAGAGCGAGGAAAGAGAGAUUGCCGCACGCAUAAAAUAUGAUCAAAUUGCAAAAUUGAUUUCAAUUGGCCACUCAACAAAAGCAAACAACAAUUUCAAUGUUUGACGCCUGCUGCGACUCUUGAGACUCAUUUAAGCCGUUAUUAGAACCAAUCAGGAUCUGAGCCAAGUUCCGCACUUUUGGCUUUUUGGCCAUGGCACAGCAAACGCAGCCGCAGCAGCAGGCAGCGCCGUCCACUUCGACGCCGGCUACCACGGCGGCAGGAUCCUCCGGAGCAGGCGGGGGAUCAGCCACGCCCAUAUCCACACCGUCGACGCCUCAGCCGACUGGCGGCAGCAGCAGCAACAAUAAUAACAACAACACGACCUUGGUCUCGCCCACCGGGAACAACAACGUGCUGACGCCUGUGCAGGCCUUUACUCCGGCCGGACAGCCCAUGUACAAUCCACACGUAUACAUGUCUGCCCACGGACACCCGCACACUGGAGCCCAUUAUCCGACCAUGAUACCCCAGAUGCCCAGCAACCACGUCUACGUGAACAACGUCACUGCCAAUGUCAACCUGCAUGGCUGGCCGCACGGAGUUCCGACUUACAUGCCGGCUGGAGGUCAGCACCACUAUAUUGGACACGGCGAUAUGCCCCAAGAACAGGGCAAUGCCGUUAUGCCGCAUAUGCCUGUGCCUGUGCCCAUUAACUUGACGCCCCAGGGCGGAUCUCCGAAUCCUCACACACCCGGCAUGGGUGGUGGACGCGGACGAGGACGCGCACGUGGCCGUGAUGGUAGUGGUGGUCUGCGACGCAAUAACUACCAUGGGCCACGUCAUCUGCAGCAGCAGCAGCAGCAACUCAUCACUCUGCCCCCGCAGCAGCAACUGCCGCCUCAAGAUGGAGCCACUCCUGGACUUCAACUUCAGCCAGAUCAGAUGGCUCAACAGCUGCCGCCGCCGGAGGCGCAUAUGCAGCACUUGCAGCAGUACUAUGCUGCCCCACCUACCUACUCGUACGGGUAUCCCCCGCCCUACUUCACACCGCAGCAUGCGAGCUUGCCUCCUCCGAAUCCCACAGCAGCCCAGCAGGCGACUGGAACACCGCUGUUCUUCUCCGGACCGGUUAUGUGCAAUCCUGCAUGGUUUAAUCCAGGUGGGUACAUCUACCCUAUGAUGCAUCCGGCUGAAUAUCAGUAUGUGUCGGAAGACGCUGGCCAGCCUGGAGUGGAUGAACGUGUCGGUCAGCCCGAUGGUGGAAUGACCCAGAUCUGGCACUCGGCUCCCCCAAUGUACGCCGAGGAUUUUGAAGCUCUCCAGCAGCAACAACAGCAGCAGCAACAGGUGGGUGUAAAUCCCAAUGGAGGAGUAGCUAAUGUGGGCGAUGAGCUCAACCACAACAGCGCUUCUCUGCCCUCCUCGGAGACGUCGAGCAUGCUCAGUCCGAGUUACCCAAUCUACGAAUCGCAGAUCCACGAAAUGCAGCACCAUAUGGGCGUGAUGCAGAUCUACGAAGAUGGUCAAAUUGCCGCCCUGCAGCCAAUUCAUCCAGGAGCGGGUCCCGUGCCACAGUACGAGGACGAACUCGCUGAAUGCGGAGCUCCGCCACCUGGCGCUAUUCCGGUGGCCUGGACUACUGCCAUGCCCUUGCCACCGGAUGGCGUUCAGCCAGCUCUGCUGCCCCCGCCGCAUCACAUCUUGCAGCAAACAUCACCGGUUUUAAUCGAACAACCGGCCCAGAUGGUUCAACCUCAACCUCCACAACCACCAACACCCACUCCUCAGCAGCAACAACCGCACCAGGAGCAAAUAGCUGACAAGGGCUUGACAAACAACAACAACGAGGUGGCCUUGGAUGAAAAGUUGGCCAGCGAGAAGCAGCAGCAAAUUGAAUUGGAGUUCCACCAGCAGCAGCAGGAGCAACUGCAGCAUCAGCAGCAACUACAGAAACAGCAUUUGCAACAACAGCAGCAGCUUCAGCAGCAGCAACAACAACAACAACAGCCACAACCACAAUUGCCAGCGCAGCAAACUGAAAAGCAGCCAACAAAAGUGCCAAACCUUGCAGUAGCUACAGUGGCACCUCAAAUACAACAGCCAACAUCGCAGCAGCAGCAUCAGCAGCAGCAAACAUCGCCGGUGGUGGUACCACCCCAGCAGCAGCAGCAGCAACCACCACAGCAGACUAGCUACCAUGAUCAACAUCAAUUGCCACAGCAGCAGCAGCAGCAACAACAACAACCGCAGCAACAGCGCAAGCCACCGCAGCAAUACAACCAAUCCCAGCAGCAACAGGUGCGUCGUAAGUACUCCUCGGAGUACAAUCAUCACCACCACCAGCACGGUAGUAGCGACACGGGCAUCCAGACUACCAAGACUAUGUCCUGGACCCACUCUGCUCAGCACAAAAAGUCCACACAAUCGGUUUCGGUCACCGCUUCGCCAAAUAAUGUAAACAAUGGAUCGGGUGUUGCCAGUGGACCGGCGGGCAAGACCAACUACAGUCACACCACAAAGACGUUUACCAACCAGCAGCAUUACCAGCAGCAGCAGCAGCACUACCAGAAUCAGAACAACUACAACAGCAACACUAGCAGCAACAGCAGCUCAAGCAGCACUAAUAAUCAACCUCAGGUGCGCACCUAUGGCACUAUGAAGGUGCCCUCCUCUCCGGUGGCUAGCACAGCACCAACGCUGGAGCGUAAGAACAGCCAGCAUGCAGCGGCAACACCAGCUGCUACUCCGACGACGGUGGCAAUCACAACAGCAACUACCUCAACGGCCAGCAUUACGGCUUCCCCAAAUCAAUUCCAACAGGAGAUCAGCAACACUAGCGCAGGACCAGUAGUAGCUGCUCCGCAUCCAGCACCACAGCAACAUGUGCCUGUCGCAGCAGCAGCACCCACCAAAUCAUACAGCAGCUUUGCUGCUAAAAAGCAUCAAAGCUAUGAGACAGUGGCCUUAAGCUCUGUGGUGGCCUCCAGUUCAUCAAGCAGUCCUCAACCACAGCUUAAUCUUGCUCCGCCUGCUCCACCAGCUUCGCAGAAUAGCAGCGACAGUACCCAGCUUUCGUGGGCCAGUUUGUUCGCCAGUAACAGACCCGUGGCCAAAGUGGCGCCCUAUGAGUCCAGCAAGCCUCUGCAGCAGCAGCAGCAGCUUCAUCCAGUGCUCCAAUUGGCUCCUCCGCAGCCAGCUCAAGUGGUAGCUGCUGGUCCAGUGCCUCAACAGGCACCGCCAACCCAAAAUUUGCCACUGCCCACGGCUCACCAGCAAUCGCAGUUGCCAGCUCCUGUGCCGGCGCCCACAGCUCCGCUUGUCACUCCAGGAACUCUGUCCUAUUCGGCUGCAUCUGCCCAGGCAGUGCCUGCUCCUAAUCCCGCCUCCGCAUCCGUGAAGCCCUUGAAGCCAGAGCCCCCGCGCGCGGUGCAGCAACAACUAGAUGAAUGGACCAACAAGUACGCGGAGUACCUGACACGCCACAAGACUAACUUGGUGCCGAUAAGCCUGCGUCCACGGGGACUGACCAACAGGUCCAACUACUGCUAUAUUAACUCCAUCCUGCAGGCUCUUCUCGGCUGUUCGCCGUUCUAUAACCUGCUGCGCUCCAUUCCCAAGCAGGCAGCUGUCUUGAGCGAGGUCAAAACGCCGACUGUGAACGCCAUGAUGUCCUUUAUGACGAACUUUUCAUCGCUGCCCAGUGGCCUACGUCUGCGCCUGAACAAUCUCAACAAGGGAUCUCAGAGCAAGGGAAAGGACGAGUUUGUGGGUUCUGAUUUGCAAUGCGACAUUGCCUUUGAGCCUACAGAGAUCUACAAGCUGUGGAACGACAGUCGGGAGGAGCACGUCGAAGGUCGCCAGGAGGAUGCCGAAGAGUUUUUGGGCUACGUCCUUAACAAGCUCAACGAUGAGAUGCUGGAGGUGAUCAAACUGAUUGACAAACCUGUACCCCAGCAAAACGGCCAGGAGCCAGCCGAGCCAGAAGAUGGCGGCGAUGUCUGGCAGAUGAUUUGCAACAAUCGCAACAAGGGAAGUGUCACCCGUCAAACCGACUUUGGACGGACUCCUGUAAGCGAUAUCUUUAGGGGAGAACUGCGUUCCCGGCUGCAACGCGAGGGAGAACACUCGACGGAUGUGAUUCAGCCUUUCUUUACGCUUCAAUUAAACAUCGAAAAAGCUGCUUCUGUGAAGGAAGCGCUGGAGAUCCUGGUGGGUCGCGACCAGCUAGAGGGUGUCACCGGCAGCAAGACCAAGCAGGAGGUUGUGGCCUGGCAGCAGAUGACGCUGGAGAAACUGCCCGUCGUCCUGAUAUUGCAUUUAAAGUACUUCGACUACCGGUCUGAUGGGUGCACAAAAAUCUUGAAGAAGGUGGAUUUCCCCGUAGAACUGAAGAUCGAUGCCAAAAUCCUUGGAUCGAAAAAGACCUCGCAGAAACAGCGCGCCUAUCGCCUGUUUGCGGUUGUCUAUCACGAUGGCAAGGAGGCCUCGAAGGGCCACUACAUCACGGAUGUGUUCCACACGGGCUACAGCAGCUGGCUGCGCUACGACGACAGCUCGGUGAAGCCGGUCAGCGAGAAGCAUGUUCUCCAGCCGCAUACUCCACGGGUGCCUUACCUUCUGUACUACCGCCGCUCCGAUACCCUGCCCCCACAGCAGCAGAAUGCCCAGCAGCAGACCACCAAUGGUGGAGGAUCGGGUGGAGUGGUCGGCAACAGCUCCUCUUCAUCGAAUGCCGGGGACAACAAGUGAAAAGCGACCGCAAGGGGCUUUGUAAGAAUACAUCAGAACUUUAAGUGUUAGCUAUAUAAGUCAUAUAUUUUUUUGUGUCAGUGCGUGUGAGCGAGAGUAGUGAGAGUUUGGUUUUAUAUGCAUAUACAUAUACAAGUUAACAAUUAGAUAUAUUCGAGCGGUAUAUAUUUAAGCCCAAAAGUCCAAAGCGCAUGCAUGUGUGUUAGAGUGCGAUUGUGUAAGAAUGAAACUUAGCUCUAAGCUAGCCUAGAAUUAAGAUUGAGCAGAAGCAUAAGCAGCAAAAAGAACUCGAUAAUCGAAAACUUUGUACAAAGAGUGGGAGGAACGAAAGGGCUCUGUAAACUAAACAGCGAGUAAACCUAGUGCUAAAUCUACAAACUUCUCCAGCGAAAUGUAACUCCCUUAUUUAAUCUGUGGCACAAAAGCUCUCCCAGCCUUUAUUCGUAGUAAUUGUUAGGGAAGCCCCCAAAACCCUCUAGAAUUUCCCUCAAUAUGUUAUGACAAACGCUUAGAGCUGUAAAUAUACACAAAAUAAUCAUAUAUUGUAGUUGAUCAGUUUCGCGGCAAGCAGCUUGCAUUUAAACAAACAACCCAGCAACAAUAUAUGGAAUGCUUUGAAUAUGCUUUAAAGGAAUAUACAUUUAGAACACAAGGUCUUUUCGACACAAAAAGUAAAAGUUAAAGGCAGUGGUGGUCAGAGUAAUAGCCGCAAAAUCUCAAAAUCGAAAAGCCAAAUUUUGAAUGUGGUCUUGGAGACCGAAAUCAGAUAGGAUCUUCCCUUGAUAAAAUUUUAUUUGCUCAGAUCGAAGGUUGAACUUGGUACUUUAUGAAACCUCCAAUAGUUUAAAUGAAAAGAUAAUGUCAAGAAAUGAUUAUCGUGAAGGCUAUAGCUUGACCACACUGUACAUUGCAUUAUUUUGUAUUUUUUAGAGGAAGUAACUAAGUUAGAAGCGCGUUCAUUUUGUAAUUUAUUUUAUAUGUUGUUUAGUUUUAUACGCAAUCAGUUAGGCAGGCAGAUUCAUGUAUAUAUAUAUACGGAACUUGUUAUUCAUAGUUAGUGAAACUUUUUUUGGGAUCCCACCCCUGGCUUAGAUUCGUUGUUUGCCUUUAUAAUAUUCAAGCUCUUAACAUAAUUUGCCUAGGCGUAGAGCAUUUAGUAUACCAUGUUAGAGAAUUGUGUUGGGUUUAAAGCGACCGAUUGCAAGGGAAAACUAAAUAUGUCUAAUCGGGUCUGAACUAAAACUAAUCAAUCAUACUAGUUGAUAGCUAUCUAACAAACGUAUACACCCCAUAUAUAUUUUCUUAAGCUAUAUGUAAACGCAUAUAUAUUAUAGAUAUCGUGCCAAUGUUAAAGCAUCUAAUAAUUUACAAAAAACACACAAAAAAAAAAAAAGAAUUUGAAAAAAGAAAAGCUAAUAGCAUGUCAAAGCUUUGUAUAGUCGGCGGCUAAGCAAGAAAGGAAUAUAUACAAGCGGCUAACUAAGAAUAACGCAUCUAAACAUCUGUUGGGGAAUGCGAAAUUUCAUUGCAUACUUUUAGACUGCACAGUAGUACAGUUUCGAAUUCCCCAAGGAUCAUUGGUAUGCGUGCUGAUACCACAGAAAAGUACUCGUUCUCAAAUAGAUGGCAACUCUGCGGUCUACUUAAGUACCAGGACUUCGGUAGUAGGAAGGCGGAAAAUCUUGAAAUAUCCCUAAGCUAAUCGUAUACUAGAGGAAUACAUUGACAUAUAUAACAUAUUAUGGAUAGGACACAAAAGCGAAUUAAUAUAAAUCUACAUAUAUAUUUUGAUGUUAUACAAAUAUGAACUAAUUGUAAGCCAAAUUAUAGGGAAACAUUUUUAUAGAAACUUGUACGCGUCUGCGUUUUGCUAGUUACAAAUAGGUUCCUAAAACUAUAAGAAAAAUGGAAAAAAAAAAAAAUGAUAAUGAUAAAACCACAAAACGUAACGAAAUGUUGAAGCAAAGAAAAUUGAAAAACAAUAAAGAUACUGAUAAAUGUAGUCUAAAGCCAAGCUAAAACCAUAAACAGUAAAAAUACACUGAAAACAAACAAGCAUACAAUACAUAUAACUUUAUAAAUCCAAUUUAUACAAAACCAAGAAAAGCUACAAUGAAAGAUUGAAAGAAGUUGAAUUACCAGUAACAUAUAUUUUUGCAAGCGAAAUUAAUAUGUCAAACAUGAACGAAAGAAAAAUUAGGAUAAAAAUACAACUAAAGACGUAAAAUUAUACAAUUUUCGCUAAAUUCAAACAUCAUUUUUUUUUUUUGUCAAUUGUUAUAUUAUUUAUGUAAUACUCUAAAAAUUUGUGUAUAUUUUUAUUUUAAAACAAAAUUACCAAUUAUGCCAGCACUUAUUGUUAUGUCCAGUCCGAAGAGUGUGUUUUAGAGUUGAUUCUGAAGACGCAGUCGAAACUGAAUUUAUUUCAUAUUUAAUCAAUCAACAUUUAUUUUGCGUAAGCCUCCAACUGCCUAAUGGUCUAAAAACACACUGUUCUUUUAUCCUUUUAGUUUGUUAAACCAAAUCGGGAUUUUUGUAUUUUUUGAUCAUUUUUGUAACACCCUUUGGCACUUUGUUUUCCUCGAUUUAUGUAUGUUUUAGUUCUUAAGUAGUUUCUAAGGCUGUGUAACUAACUAACGAUAAGUACUAACACUUUGCGUAUGAUCAGGUGUGAGAGUGGAGAGGGACUACUACCCCGAUUGUUGAAGUUCAGUUUGCCGGACAAUUUUUGUUUAUUUUGCAACAUUUUUCUACUUUUUGAGGCCAGAGGCGGCUCCUCCGAUAAACAGAAAUUGGCAAGUGCACUUACUAAACGUAUAACGAGGAUAUUAGCGUGUAAUCGGGGAAUAGAUCGGAGUAACAGAGCAGCUCUAAGUACGUUUAGCCUGCAGACAAACAAAUCUUUAAAGUCUUGUAACAAAGUUUUCUAGGCCGCAGUUAAGUCGAAGAAAAAUAAUGGCCAAAAGGGAAAAACAAAGAAUAACAAGAUACUUGCUGUUUAACAACGCGAAACGAGUAACAAAACAAAGUAAAGCGAAAUAUUUAGUCCACAUUUAGUCUAAAGAAUAAACCAUGCUAAAGUAAAUCUACAAACUAAAACGAAUUCAGUUGUACUAAGUAAGCAUAACAAGCCGAUUAUAUAUUGUAACAUGGAAAUCUAAAACACAAACGAAAUGAAAUGAAACAUUAUCUAGCAAUAAACUAAAAUUGAUUUGA